UGCCUGGUUAAUUACAAAGCGAAAUUUAUGUGCGCUUUACUGCAAUGGCGUGACUUCCAUCCUGGCGUCCCUAGGUUGUGACCACACAGCAUGACCCCUGACUGAACGAUCGGCGAAUUAUUAUUAAAAAGUAUAUGUUUAUGUACAUAUAUAUAUCGUAUGUGUACAUAUGCUUAACAAGCAUUCCGAACAUUUCUUGUGGAUCUAUAAUCUGGCCAUUCCAAAGUAUUAGGUGAAGUGAAGAUAAUUAAAUAUUAUUUUAGUAUAUGCAUAGAUGUAUAAGCAACCAAACAUACGUACAUAUAUAUGUAAGUAUGUGCAUAUAAAAAUUUGUGUUGGUUUUCUCGUAUAAAACUAGAAAAUAUUAAUAAAAAAUAAAGUUUUGCGAGUGAUUCGAGUAGCGAAUUAGCUGAAAAAGCUUCAGACCACUGUAAAUUUGAACAAGUAAAAAGCCCGGAAUAUGUUUAGGUACAUGCGCAUUGAAUCUACAUGCAACGUGUUGUGAAUUAAUUCUUAUCAAUGACGUACGUAGAAAAGUUUUUGGGUGGUCACACUGAGUGGGGUUGGAGGUAAUCAGAGAAAGCGGAGUGCACAUAUACUGUUGCAAUCGGGCUGGACGCCCUCGCCUGUAAUGUCGAAAGAAAUCUACACUCACAAUGAUAGUAUGUGCACAAAAGCGCAGGAGCAAAAAUGGUUUUCGACGCCCGCACUGGAAAAACGAGGUCAAUUUAAUAAAAAUUGUUGCGCCAACAGCAGCGACAUCAGUUCAUUCAGAGCACCGGAGCCGUUAACAACGUCAUUUAGAAAAGGCUAAAAAUCAAAGAAUAGAAAAACCAUACCAUAUACAUAUAUCAAUCAUAGUAAUCAAAACAAAUAUAAGUGUAAAAGUUUAAUAAUUGUUUUCCAAUAGUUAACACAACAACAGGUGGUUUUUCGACAUAAAAAAUAAAAAGUAGAUACUCAAGUCAACAUGAGCUGCGGCAAAUGUUUACAUCACACUUUGAGUUUGGUUUUCGUACUUGGCAUUUUCGUUGGGGCCGCUGUAGCAGUGCCCACUUCAGUUUUGGUGCAGAACUCCGAAGUCACAUCCAACAUCAAUGCCGCUAAUAAUGGGCACAAUUUGAUGACAAAAGUAAAACGCUCCUCCACCGACGUAAAUGAAAUGAUGUCAAAGGACGCUAUCAACGAUGAACCCUCUACAUCGGCUAAUAAAAAAUCUAGUCCCGAAGUUCUUCCGCCGGCUUUUAAUGUGCCAACCACCCAGCAGCAGCAUUCCCAAAAUGGUGGUAAAGAUAGUGGGGACAACAAUUCUAACUCCAUUGAGUAUGGUCAGUCAGCUGGCAUAAACUCGAUGCCAUCGAAUGAAGAUAUUAUCAAUUCCGCCAUUGCUGCUGGCUUAACCGCCGCGGCAGUACAAGCCGCUGCAGUAGCAAGUCAACGCGAUUUGGAGCAACAACAACCAUUGAAGCAACAAUCACAAGUGUAUGGAGAUGAAACACCAAGCGUUUUGCAAAAACGAGGAAUCUCAAAUCCGCCAUACCUCUACGGAGCAAUGGGUAUGGGAGGACCUUAUGGAUCUGCCAGCGGAAGCAGUACUGGUAACAGCAUAUACGGCGGUGGAGAAUACUACAAUAAUGCAUAUUUGAGUAAUCCAGUGCAAGUUAGCGGCGGAGCUGAAUUAGAAACGGUGCCAACUGGCUUUUGGGCCGAUGAAAUAGAUCCUUCAGUCGUCUACACUGAUAUACAAGAUGAAGACUUCUUGAGCGGACCGAGAGCAUCUUCCUAUCAUAGCAAGGCUUACGACAACUUGCAAAACAUACUUAACGCUGAGGCGUAUCCAGUGCCACAGACACUACACCCGAACCGGUACUAUGGCGCCAUUAAUGGUAAUAAGCGCGCAAAUAGAUAUGACAACAACAACAAUGGCGUCGUCAGUGGCAGCAGCAACGCCCGCUUUGCCGACAUGAGACUAAAGCGUGAUACUAAACUUACACCAGCUGAUAUGCUGGCUCUGGUUGCAUUAGUAGAGGCAGGAGAACGGGCCCGAAAGGAGCCCGAAACUGAUACAAGCAACGGAUACAUGAUCCCAUCGAACGCUGCACCUCAAGAGGGUUAUAACACCUAUAGCGGUAUUAAAACUUACUAUCCGGUUUCAGCUGGUGCUUAUGAUUACCCGACUAACAUGGACGCAAUGGAUAACGGUGGUUCGUGGUUGGAACCAAACAUGAUAGAUUACUAUGGUCUGCCAGCAAAUGUAGAAACAAUACCCAAAUACGAACUUCAAAGAGAACAAAAAUACGGCGCAGCACUUCCCACCGGUAAUGGAAAUCGUUAUGGAAUUAAGCGCUUUAUGGUUUCCAAAAAGAAGCGAUCUAUGGGUAAUUUUCUAAACGAACCUGUCCCCAAAUCCAGCAUCAGCUACAAUACUAAUAGCGAAAAGUUUUACUAAAUGUUAAGCACUCAUUCCAAUUUUCAGCGGCUGUAGAAGAAAUUACUUUUUGAAAAUUAUCAAAGAGCUCUAAUUAUUAUCCGAUUACAAUAAUCAAAAUAAAAAUAUUUGUGUGCUAUCAUAUUUUACUUAGAAAUGAAAUAUAAGAAAUUUCAAACAUACAUACAUACAUACCCAUAUACUUAUAUUAUAGUAUAUACAUAUGUACAUACGUAUAUAUUACGCAUACACAUAAAACUUCUACGCAGAAAAAAUUUAAUCAGAUGGAAUAUGGAUGGAUGGAAUCAGAUAAAAUAUUGUAACGGGUCGUUACACGAUUUAUUAAUUAAUGAAAAAAAAACAAAUUGAACUUGUAUUAUUGGUAUGUGUAAUUAUAUAAGAAAUAUUCCAGAUGAUACGGUAUUGUACGUUAUAUUUUCGAAAACUUCACUUUAACAAAUAUAUUUAUUUGAAUACUUUCUUCUAUUCCGUUUCGUUUAAACGCCUCCUUUGAAAAAAUAUAUAUAAAUAUAUAUGCAUAUAUACUUAGAUAUUCUGUAAUAUGUAU